AGUUUGUUGUUGUUGCUGCGCUUUGUUUUCGUCAACUAGUGGACUUUGCCUUGCAUUGCGCUUUGUUUUCAAUUACCGGCUUUAAUAGAAAAGAAUGUUUCGAUUAAAAGUAAAUAAAAGUCAUUUUGCCGCCGCUGCGGCUGCGACGCGGCAUGCCACAACAACCACGACGCAUGGCACUCAUUACCAAUACUUGCAAAACUCAAAGUUGCCAACGCUCUACUUUCAACGCUCUCUACCCCGGCUGCCAAUACCGCUGCUGGAAAAGACCUGCGAACGCUUUCUGGCCUCCGUGCAGCCCAUACUCACUCCUGAUGAGCACCGAGAGACGCAACAAGUGGUCGAAGAGUUUCGCCAAGGCAUCGGCAUGGAGCUGCAUGCGAAGCUGAAGCAGCGCGAUGCAGCCAACAAGCACACCAGCUAUAUCUCGCAGCCCUGGUUCGAUAUGUACCUCUCCGAUCGAGCCCCACUGCCGCUCAACUACAAUCCGCUGCUUGUUAUGCGUGGCGACCCGCGACCUGAGUACCAGCCACAGGUGACGCGUGCCACGAAUCUAAUAAUUAGCUCACUUCGCUUCUGGCGAUCGCUGCAAGCCAAUAAUCUGGAGCCUGAGGUUUAUCAUAUGAAUCCAAAGAAGACCGACACGGACAACUAUCGUCGCUGGAUGGCCGUGGCGCCCAAGGCCUUUGCCACGUACGCUUCGUAUGCCUUCAAGGCCUUUCCUCUGGACAUGAGCCAAUACAGCCGUCUGUUUGGCACCAGCCGCAUUCCAAAGCUGGGCAAGGAUGAGCUGGUGCAAUCGCCGGAAUCCAAGCACAUUCUUGUCAUGCGACGCGGAAACAUGUAUGCCAUGAAUGUACUCGACACCAGCGGCUACAUUGAGAGCCCCAGCGUAAUACUGGGUCGCCUAAAGAGCAUUCUUGAAACGGAUUCGCAACGCGAGCCAGCCAAAGUGCCGUUGGGUGUGCUCACCACCUCGCAACGUGAUGAGUGGGCCCAGACGCGAGAACAUCUAGUAAGCAAUCCCAAAAACGCUGAUCUCUUGCAGCGUGAGGUGGAUGCGGCACUGUUCUGCCUUUGUCUGGACUCUGAGGAAGAUGGCCUCUUCAACGAGGCUGACCCUGUGCCCAUGCUAAAGCACCAGCUGGCGGGCAAGGCAACGAAUCGCUGGUUUGACAAAUCCAUAUCACUGCUGAUCAGCGCCGACGGCGUCACUGCCCUAAAUUUUGAGCACUCUUGGGGCGAUGGCGUCGCUGUGCUGCGCUACUUCAACGAGAUCUACAGGGACAUGCUGAAGCAGCCAUUCGUGUCGGAGGCCACUCCCCAUACGCCAGCUCAUGGAGAUGGUAUGAAUGUCCGUCCGCUGAACUUUGAAAUUGACGACCGAACUAAAGCAGCAGUGGAAGCCGCUUAUGCCAAAAAUGCCACCAUCGUUGAUAGCCUGGACAUGAACUAUCUGCAAUACAGGCAGCUCAACAAAGGCACCUGCAAGCAACACGGCCUGAGUCCGGAUUCCAUCAUACAGCUCUCUUUUCAGUUGGCCUAUCGGCAGGCAUUUGAUCGCUAUGUGGGCACCUACGAGUCCUGCAGCACUUCAGCGUUUCGGCAUGGCCGAACCGAGACGAUGCGGCCCUGCACAAUGGCGACCAAAGACUUCUGUGAGGCUGUGCUGCAGCCAGCACAAAAGCAGCUCAGCGCCGGGGAGCUGCGCGCCAUGAUUGAUAGAUGCAGCCGCGUGCACGGCCAGCUUACCAAGGAAGCCGCAAUGGGCCAGGGCUUUGAUCGCCAUUUGUUUGCUCUAAGGCACACGGCACAGCUGGAAGGGCUGCCGCAACCGGUGCUAUUCGAGACUGAAGCCUACAAACGCAUCAACUACAAUAUAAUAAGCACCUCCACGCUGGGCACCGACACUGUGGUCGCCGGUUCCUUCGGCCCCGUAGUUAAAGAUGGUUUCGGCGUUGGCUACUCCAUUCAAAACGAUUUUGCAGGCGCUAUUGUGACCUCGUAUAAGAAUCAGGCUGAAGGCAAGAAGUUUAUUGAAAGCCUGGAAUCGGCAUUUGAUCAAAUAUGCGCUAUCAUUGAGCGCAGUAGCAGAGCUGUAAAACUGGAGCGAAGGAACUAAAUGCUCACAAUGGGAGAUAAGUGCCCCCAGAGAAGGUCAAAAUCAAGAUGUCAAGAUGUGAAGGGUGGGUCAAAAAGGGUUUAAUUUAUGCCUUUACAAUAUUACGAAGGUGUUUGAUUUGCAAUACCUUAUUCUAAGCUAUACAAUUUUAUUGGCUAGACCAAAAAAACAUUUAGCUUUGCAUUUGGGUUUAAAUUUCUUUUACGUAAAUAGAAUAAUUUAAUUUAUUUUGUCGGAGUUCUAUAAAUAAACCUGUUUCUAUUCCCAGUCA